AGGAACGCUGAGGCUCCUGCUGGAUGAGACCUGAGCUGUCCGUACAGCCAGAAAAUCCAGGGUUUCGCACUGAGGGGGUCCAUGGCCCAGUUGUUCGCACCCAGGUCGCUUGGCCCCAGACUUGUUUGCUGGCACUGUUUCAUCUUCCAGACCUCCAAAUUCAGUGGGACUUUCUCCCAGCUUCACUCACUCAGUAAUAAAUCCUGAUCCUCAAACUAAUUAGAAAGCUCCGCAAAGGAAUGAAGCAUGAAGCUCUACAUACAGUAUUUACUCAAUAAACAUUUACCCAAAGAUGAGAAGGAAUUCCAUGAAGACUCUAUUAACCAAGAUAAUAGUGUUUGAUUUCACAGAGUAAAUUCUCUUUGAGAAGAAAUUUACAGAUAUCCAAAAAUGAUUGAGAUUGAACAGGCGGAGGCUCAGCUCUCUGAGUUAGACCUGCUGGCCAGUAUGUUCCCUGGUGAGAACGAGCUCAUAGUGAAUGACCAGCUGGCUUUAGCGGAACUGAAAGAUUGUAUUGAAAAGAGGACGAUGGAGGGACGAUCUUCGAAAGUUUACUUUACUCUCAAUGUGAAACUGGAUGUAUCUGAGGAAACAACGGUGAUGUUUUCUCUGGCCUGUAUUCUUCCCUUUCAAUACCCCGAAGUUCUGCCUGAAAUUACUGUCAGAUCAGUAUCACUAAGUAGAUCCCAGCAGACUCAGCUGAACGCAGAUCUGACUGCAUACCUGCAAAAGAAUUGUCUUGGAGACGUCUGUAUAUUGAAUGCCACAGAGUGGGUUAGAGAACAUGCUUCUGGCUAUAUGAGCAGAGACCCCAUGCCUUCCCCUGCUCCAGGAAGUACAUUCCAACCAGUUGAUCUGAUUUUCACAAGACUGUGGAUCUAUAGCCAUCAUAUCUACAACAAGUGUAAAAGAAAGAAUAUUCUAGAGUGGGCAAAGGAGCUUUCCCUAUCAGGAUUUAGCAUGCCUGGGAAACCUGGUGUUGUUUGUGUGGAAGGUCCACAAAGUGCCUGUGAAGAAUUCUGGUCAAGACUCAGAAAAUUAAACUGGAAGAGAAUUUUAAUUCGCCAUCGAGAAGACAUUCCUUUUGAUGGUACAAAUGACAAAAUAGAAAGACAAAGAAAAUUUUCAAGUUUUGAAGAAAAAGUGUUCAGUGUUAAUGGAGCCAGAGGAAACCACAUGGACUUUGGUCAGCUAUAUCAGUUUUUAAAUGCCAAAGGAUGUGCGGAUGUUUUCCAGAUGUUCUUUGGUGUGGAAGGACAGUGACUGGCAGAGGAAUAAUGAAAGUUUUUGUCA